GAUGCUUGUCGUCUGCAGAAAAUUAUGAUGGACAAGAAGAAAGAACUGGAAAAAUUUGAAGUAAAGAAAAUGGACCGUGACAGCUGGGAUGACGAACAGACGCCACGAAGCCUGAAGUCUCGCAAGAGUCUGCUCGGUUCCGGUGAUUUCGAGAAAAAGAAACUGCUGCGAAGAAGCAAUGCUGUUACAGAGAACACUCUUCAGAAACGCCUUUGGGCGCUCUACAAAUCUGUUUACGAUUUCUGUGAUACAAAUGACAGAUAUCUGCGAGAAAUCUUCAUGACCCUCCCCCUUAAGAGGGAUUAUCCUGACUACUACCGAGUGAUUAUGGAACCCAUAGACAUGUCUACGAUUGAGAUUAAAAUCAAAACUGACAAGUACAUCAGUGAACUGAAGCUUAUUGCCGACUUUGAGCUGAUGUUCAACAAUGCGCGGCACUACAACGAGGAGGACUCCCAGGUGUACCAUGACGCCAACACACUGGAGCGUGUCUUGAAGAACAAGUGGAAGUCCCUGUUGGCUCACCAGGACACUAUCAAGAAGGCCCCCGGCAAAAGUAAAUCCCGGUCCAAGUGUGUGUCCCCGCUGUGCAUGAAGUUACAAGAUCUGUUUGAUACCAUCAAAGACCAUGCUGACUCCCGUGGACGUAUGCUGUCGGCUCCUUUCCUCAAGUUACCACUGAAAACUGAAUAUCCCGACUACUAUGAGGUUAUCAAGAGGCCAAUAGACAUGCAACGUAUCCAGCAACGGGUUGCAUCGAAUCAGUAUGAAUCCGUCGAUGACAUGGUUGCAGAUUUUGUGCAGAUGUUUGACAAUGCCUGCAAAUAUAACGAACCAGACUCGUUAAUCUAUAAGGAUGCAUUGACAUUGCAAAGGGUUUGCUUGGAAAAGAAACUGGAACUUAGUCUGGACGGUGUCAAUGAGGUGCCAGAUAUCCAAGCCAUUGUCCAAGAACUGAUGACAAACCUCUUCAUCUCUGUCUACAACUACCAGGACGAAGAAGGUCGUUGCUAUAGCGAUUCUUUUGCCGAACUUCCAGAACGAGAUCCUGACGAGGAGCUGGAGAGUGGAGAGCCGAAAGAGAAACCAUUAACGUUCGACCAGAUAAAAAGAAACUUGAAUAAGGGUCGUUAUGUCAGAGUUGACCGAUUCCAAGAAGAUAUGUUCAAGGUCUUUGACCGUGCCAGGCAGUUGAGCAGAACUGAUUCUCAGCUCUACGAAGACGCCGUUGAGAUGCAAUUGUUCUUCAUCAAAAUCCGUGAUGAGCUGUGCAAGAAUGGUGAGAUUCUGCUGACGCCAGCCCUCAGCUACACAGAGAAACACCUCCAGGCAGCACUGGAGGCUGAGAAGAAGGAGAAGUUACCAAAGGAACAGCAAGACGAAGAGAAGAAACGCAACUUGGAGUCUGACGAGAAAAUAGCGUCAGCAUCGGAGAGAAUGGAAGCCAGCAUCAAAUAUCGGGACCAAAUCUAUAGCAUUGGAGAUUUUGUCUACAUAGAACCUAGAGAGAAUGGUCUCGAGCCACACAUUAUGUGCAUUGAGAAGCUGUUCCAUGAUAAUGCUGGUCUGCCGGCCCUUCAUGGUAACUGGUUUUAUCGACCGAAUGAAACAUUCCAUCUGGCCACAAGGAAGUUUCUAGAAAAGGAAGUGUUCAAGAGUGAGUUCUCCACCACCAUUCCACUGUCUCAGUUGUUAGGACCAAAAUGCUAUGUCAUGUUUGUGAAAGACUAUUUCAAGAUGAAACCACAGGGAUUUGCUGAUAAAGAUGUUUAUGUUUGUGAAUCACGCUAUAAUGCCCGGCACAAAGCAUUUAAAAAGAUCAAGGUGUGGCAGGUGCCAGCCAGUGAGUCGGUAAAGCUGAAUGCACGAGAGCAUGUUGUCUCACCUGUGAGGGUGGCAUCCGUGUUUGCUGAUAAAUCCAAAGAGACUGAGAAGGAUGACUUAGAUGAUGGCGGCACAUUCAACGUCUUGGACAAGAACAGAGAGAACGUUGAACUGGAGAUGUAUGGCCCGGAAUAUGCUGGAAGUGUCUACUAUGAGCAGUACAACACACCGAGUGGAUGUUAUAAGCUAGGUGAUUGUGUCCACAUAAAAUCUACUGAAGAGAAACCAUUUAUUGCCCGCAUCGACAAAAUAUGGGUGACGGCAGGGGGAAACAUUUUCUUCUACGGUCCUCUAUUUGUUCGGCCCUCUGAUGUAGAACAUUCCCCGACUCGUAUGUUCUAUUGUCGUGAAGUCUUUUACAGCUGCAAGGAGACCUCGUUCCCGGCAAUGACCGUCAUAGGAAGAUGUGCGGUCCUUCACAUCAAGGACUAUUGCUCAUACCGCAUCACGGAGGUCCCCGAACAAAACGUGUACAUAUGUGAAUCCAAAUAUCUGGAAACUGAGCGAAGCAUCCGAAAGCUGGCCAAAGGUCUUAAGGUAUACCUAAAAAAAUACUCACUGUCCCCUAAGGUGACAGACGACGAGUUAUACUUCUUCAAGAAACACAUUGUGCCACAGAAAGAACCGUCUCCGCUGUUGCCGGAGGCUGUCGACACUGAAGAGCUGGAGGACGAGGAGAAGCUGGAGUACCCCGUUGUCACAACUCCCAACAAGAGCCUCAACGUGUCCUACGAAGAGACGCCCCUCCUGCCAGAGAAGCCCAACCGCAAAGAAGGAGGCGGUGGUACUGCCGAUCGCUCAAGAAAGGUCAAUGGGAGUCCAUCGAAGAGCAACACCAACAUCAGGCGACAACCCAGUGGCUACAUUGUGUUUGCCGGAGAGAUCCGCAAGCAGAUCCAACAGGAGAAUCCGGACUGUUCUUUCGGAGACAUCAGCCGGAUAGUCGGAACCAAGUGGCGUAACUUGAACAAGGAUGAGAAGGAGAAGUUUGAAGAGAAAGCCAAGAAGAUUGCUGAGGAGCAAGCUGCAAAGCAAGAAGCUGCUGAGAAGGCCUUCAAUGAAUCCCUGAACCCACAGAGUCCCUGGUCUGACUACAGUCGAAGCAUGUCCCCGGCAGCUGGUACAGCCGGCACCAUGCCAAAUGGACAACCAAUACCGGGAAAUUUCCAGAACCAGUUUGGAUUCCAAGCCUUCCAAGGCAUACAUCUUCCUGGUAUGGCUGGUGUCCCAAACAGCAACGUCGCACAACGAGGAGUGGUUCCGGCGGGGGCUAUGGUGCUGCCCCAUGGUGUGGUGGGAGUCAGUGGCGGCGGCGGCGGUGGUAUCGGUGACAUGUCCCCUUCAGGAGCCCAGCAACCGCACCACCACCACCACCAUCAACAGCAGCAGCAGCAGCACCUACUACUGCAACAACAACAACAACUACUACAACAACAACAAGGAGCUGGACAGGGCCCACGCACUGUUUACAUGUCACCAUUUCACCUGCAACAACAACAACAACAGCAGCCACACCAACACCACCACCACCACUACCAACAACAACAACAACAACAUCACCAUCAUCUGCCCGGCAUGCGGUUCCCAGGAUUUCAGCCAAUACCAGGAGGCCAGCAGAUGGCGCCACCUCCUCAACCACGCCCACCUUCUCCAAUAUUUGUUGCUGUGCCUCCCCGCACUCAGAGACUUCUUCAUUCUGAAGCAUACAUCAGGUAUAUUGAAGGUUUGAACUCCAACAGCCGGUGUGUGAGUGAUUGGAACAAGACCCUGACUGCCACUCCAGAGACGGUCUCCACUCAGAGCGAGAAGCGACUGCCCACCCAUUGGAUGUCACACGGGAGCAACUAUCACGGCUCCAUCACUAACGCCCUCUGGGCCCUCAGGGACCUGAUGCUCAAGGAUACACUCAACAUCACACGAACCUUGCCUUUUGACGACCUCUGAAAAGAAAUGCAGCCACAACAACCAAACCUGUUUUUCCACACACACACACAUUCACAUGCACACACAUACACGCACCAAUGGUCAUCAUCAUCAUCAUCAUCAUUUGGUGCUGCAAACAUUCCGUCUUCCGAGAUCUCCAGCAACCUUGGACCCCCUCCCUGUUACGGUCAGCAAUCGAGUUGACGUGGCAUCUGUGGGCUGAUGCCAUCCACCUCUCACUUCACCCAUUUUGUACUCUCCGUCUCACUCACACUCCCCAGUUACGUCUCUCUCUCUCUCCCCCUUUCUCUUCUCAUAUUUCAUCUAACUCCCUCCCACUUAUACUCACCAUUUGUCUCCCCCCCCCAUCUGUCUCCUUCUCCCUCUUCAUUUAACUUUUUCCUUCCUUUUCCACACACCAUCAUUCUCUCUAUAUGCAUAUAACACACACACGUAUAUGUGUAUAUA